AUGGUGCGUGUGAUCUCCCUUUCCGGAGAGAAGGUCUUGGAUUUCCAGUUGUCAGAGUUCGAGACAUCUGCAAGCUUGCUGAAAGAGGUGGCCAUGAUUCUGGAGCUUCGAUCUUGCACCUUGAUUCGACCUUCGGGUGAAGAGCUCGGAACGAAUGUGAACUUGCUGGAGAGCUUGUGCGAAGACGAUGAACUCACGGUGAUCGGACAUAGCGAAGAUCCUUUGCUUGAGAUGAUGGGCUUCCAACGGGAUGGAGAAGUGGUCGCUGCCUUGGCCCAUGUCUCUCGUCAAGAGCUGCGUCGCAUGGCCCUGAUUUGUGGGGAGAAGCUCUUACGAAAAGCCUGUGACUUGGCGACGCCACGGCCUGGCCGAGGAGAGGAAUAUUGGUGGGUCGAAUGGCCCUUUCAUCAUUUGCCUCCACCGAGUGGAGAAGGCGGGGCUUCCGCCUCUUCCCCCUUUGCCGGUGGCCGCUGUGAAGUGACGCCCGAGUUGCCGGUGAUCCCACCGAAGACUCGCUUGCUGGUCUCAGGACAAGUGUCCGAGCUGAGGACGUCGCUGGAGAUUGGUGAGCUUUGCAGGAGGAUGACAUUCGAGGAGGAAAAGAAGCUCUUGCGCAGCGAUGAAGCCAAAAGAUUGGAAGCCAAAGAGGUUUGGCGCAUCGUGACGCUGAAGCGUUACUCGGAAGAGGAGAUUUGCCUGGAGCUGGGCCACGAGUUUGGGCAGAGCUUGUACCAUGAGAUUGGACUCGACACGGACGACAACGGCCUUAUCGACUCCUUCGAAACGGCGGCCUGGUCCGUUCCCAUGGAGGACCGGACGUCCGUUCACUGCAGUGCCAGGUCUCGUGGCUUUCUGCUGGAGGGGGACCUGGUGGUUGGCAUCCGCUGGGAAGGCUGGUUGGAUGCGCCAUACAAGAAAGGCAUCCCAGUCUUCAAAAGUGACACGCAGGACGAAACGCCCUCUCCCACCCUCGAAGGGGAGAGGAAGAACCCGAGUUCUGGUGUUUGGACUGCACGUGUUGCGGCGGUAGGCUCAGAGUACCUGGAUUUCAACCUCACCGAAGGCGACUUUUAUCGUGUCAGUGACUUCGGCCUCUAUGCGGUACCGUGCAAUCCAGGAGAUGGCUGCACUACACCGGUACGGAGCAGCCUCUUCGUCAUAGCACUUGCUGGAGACUAUGAUAUCAUGGUCUACCGUCGAGGUGAGAAACCCUGGAGCCAGUUGUCAAUCUCAGCGCAUGUGCGGCUUUGUGGACGAGAUAUCGAAUACCAGCUCACCUUGGCUGACAACGAGCAGAAUGACACAAUUGCUUCUGGCCUUCGUGUCCCAUUUUCCAAGUGCCAUCGGAAGCCUCAGAGUGCGGUGCAGAACCUCCGCGUGUGGCAGUCCACGGUGCAUGGUGGUGGAGCUUCGGUCGACCGCAUGUGGCACAGUUGCAUGGAGACGGGAGGCGAAGGCAGUCCCACGCCUGACGCCAAGCCCUGGUGGCGCGUGAGCUUGGAAAAUACGCAGAUCGUGAUUUUCUAUGUCUACAAUGCGACGACGCAAUACUGCUACAGGGAGAAUGGCGUUACUUGUUCAAAAGCUUCUGGCCAUCGGCAUGGCGUGCUGAACACCGUGAUCCGGAGCGACAAUGGAGCCUUAGAGGUCACAGUCCGAGAGAUUCGCCCAUGCUUCUACGAAGCGACGCUCCAUGUGCCCUUGAGCACGAUUUUGCAGCAAGGGACCUUGUGUGCUGAAGAUGUGCCCAUCGGAGUUCUGGAGGAUCCGUUUCAAGUGCCAGCCACCAGAGCCUGUAUGCAGGAGAGUCGAGGCAGCACAGUUUGGGUGGUGGCCAAGUAUGGCCGGCUGCGGCUUUGCGAGGUGGAGCUCUUCACAGAGCCUUUGCCCACGGUGACUCAGGUCUCCUUCGACUAUGGUGCUUCUGGGAACGAAUCUGUGGGCGCAGUCUGCGGUGCCAACAACAUCUCCAUUGAGUUCUCGGACGACAACGUCACGUGGAUGAAGGCAUGGGAUGCUUGGGCAGAUGCAUCGGUCUAUCAGCACGUGCAAUUUGCACGCUGGAGUUGGUGGCAGCGGCUCUUUGCGUUGCCGUUCCACACGAAUUUUAGCCAAGCAGAGUCCCGCAAUGUCACCAUCCCGAGUUUACGAGAGAAUAGCAGCUACGAUGUCCUGUGCUGGGCGACCGACGCCAUCGGCAACGAUAUCAUGCAGAGCAUGGUGGUGCUGCCAUUGCCUUGGGCAGACACAAGAGAGAACAACGAAACCUUGAGGUGCACUGGCUGGGUGCGAGAGAUUAUGCCAUGCGUUGUGCAGGCACUCUUAGUGGAUGUGCAGACCACCACAGAAGGCUUCUUCACCGGGAACACCGAAAGGGUGUCCUUCCGCAUGGAGCUGCGGGACGGGAGCUGCAACUUCCGAGACUUGAGUUGGCUGACCUAUGGAGGCACCUGUCUCUAUCCCCGCUGUGAUGAGCAAGCCUGGUCCAAUGAGUAUCCGGUGCACCUCAGUUUCGGCAUGUUGCAGCCGGGUGAGGACUACACAUUGGUGUGCUUUGUUACCGACCCUUGGGGCAAUGAGGCACAGCAAGAGUUCACCUUGUCGAUCCCAGAACGAACUACACCAGCUCCGCCAAGCACGCAGUCGACCUCACAGAGGGAAACUCUGAGGCCAGCACCAGUCACUCAGCCACCAACACAACCGCGCACUACUCAAUCAGUCGAGUACUACACCAGAGCACCUACAGUCCGCACAACUGCUGCUGCCUCUACGAGUAUGCAGCCGCCCGCAUUUACCACAACGGAUAGGACUUGGGAACCAAGAACUACCGAAGAGCCCACCACAACGACCACAACAACGAUUGAACCACUGGCAACAUUGCCACCUUGGCUGGAGAACUACGUCCCUGCUGGUCCAUUGCGAACCGAGAUGACAUUGAGUACGUCUUCAAGAGAAGAUGCUGAAGAGCUUGUUCUACCAGCAGCAAUGAAUGCACUUAAAUCUGCACUCCGAUCAUCUUUGGAGCUUGGACCGCUGGACAAGUUGACCAUCGAGGGCACUGAGAUCUACUUGGAAGGCGGCAGUGGACGACGUCUUGCAGAGCGCUGGUUGGUGAGAGUGCGUUUCACUGUGGAAGCUUACAACGCGGUGCAGAACAAAGCCCUUCUUCAGCGUGUCGGACAGUUGGGCUUGGGAGAAAGCAGCGUGAGCAGCAACUUCCAGGAGCAACUAUCGGUGGAGCUCGCUCAACGAGGUGUGCCCUUGCCAGUGGACUUCGUGGGUUCCAUCCCCCUGCAAGAUGGCGAACAGUGGUCUCCUGUCCCUUCGCCGCUGCUGAGAUGCAAAGAGAUUGAAAGAAUGAAAAGCUGA